AAGACAAACCUGUCCACCUGGAUUCAAAAACAGACGGUGGUAAACAAUUUGUGUAUGUAUGUACAGUGAAUAAUAUAUAUCUCUUGUUUGCAAGAAAUUUUUGUAAAUUUCUCAAUAAUGGAGCUCGAUGAGUUGGAGCAAUCUGUGAAGAGCCUAAACGCGGUGCUCAACAAGUUCCCGAUCGGUGCGAUUUCAUUGAACGAUUUCAAACCAGUCAAGGAGAAGAUCCAGACGGCCAGAGAGUCCCUGAUGCAUUUGAAUGCCAGGUUAUUAAUGCUUCAAGCAAAAUAUAAACAAUACACAGAUGACGGACGAAGGCGACAUGAAGAAGAAUCUGUUGGAGUUGCAUUGCAGAAUGUUACAAGUGACACACUGAUAAACGCCAAGGCCAUCAAAUUAUGUCUUCAUAGUGCCACUAUUCUUUCUAUCCUUAGUAAUAAGGAAGGCGAUGUUGAAGACCAAAAUAAACUCUUUGCCUAUAUGAGUAAACUACUUGCUUUCAAUGACAGUAUUAUGACCAUUCACGAAGCCAUUGAAAAAGGAUCUCGACUGCAGUUAGAUUUAAAAGUAGAAUGUCACCAGGCGUUGUUUGAUUACAAAAAUUUUUUAAAGGAACAGGAACGGAUACGAAGUGAGAGAUUACAGGAAACAUACCCUGAAAUUUUUUUGUUCUGA